CCAAAACAUAUUGUUUUCCUCACAGUUUUGCUCUAAAUUCCCUAAAAAUACGUCAGAAAAAUGCAGAAUCAGAUGAUUAAGAGUAUUUUCACGAAGUUCCAGGAGAAUCUGAACAAAGAGCAGGAGCUCAGAGAGGAAAUCCGCUUAACUGUGAGGGAGAUUGAUCAGUCAGCCAAAGAGGCAGCUAUUGCACUCCAGAUAAUCCACACAAGUAUUACUGAAGUUCCUCAGGGAUGCCUCAGGGCUCGGGAGUUAUUCCAGGAAUGCCAGAAGGGCUACAGGAAGCUGGCUGAGAUAGUACCAGAAGGUCAAUACUAUCGGUAUUCCGAUCAUUGGCAUUAUCUCACGCAGAAACUCGUCUCUCUGGUGGCCCUUACUGUGUACCUGGAGGCUGGUUUUCUUGUGGCCAGGGAGACGGUUGGAGAGAUUCUGGGUCUAGAAGUGACUCAGAAGAAUGGUUUCCACCUCGAACUGGAGGACUAUUUGCUGGGUAUUCUGCAAAUGGUCACAGAACUGGCCAGAUUUGCUGUGAACUCCGUGACUCUGGGUGACUAUCAACGUCCAGUGAUGAUUUCACGCUUUGUGGCAGACUUAAAUGCCGGUUUUCGUAUGCUGAACCUCAAGAAUGACGGUCUCAGGAAGAGAUUUGAUGCCCUGAAGUAUGAUGUGAAGAAGAUUGAAGAGAUUGUCUAUGAUGUUAGUAUUCGGGGACUGGCCAAAGUGAAUGUUCAGGCCGACAAAGAGGACAUUGCAGAAGUAUCAGGAGACACAGACAAGAAGACCGAGUGAUUUUUUUUAUAGACUUCCCAGUCUAACACUAUUUACCAUAAUAACCAUGGAUUUUCUUUCUGUGAGUUUUUUUUUAUAAUUUCUAUUUUUAUAAAUAUUAAACUCUUCAAUAAAAUAUAUUAAGAAAACAUUCUUAUAGUAAUUUAAUGGUCUGUAAUUCUCUUUAAUAAAAAAAAUAGUUGAAAUAAAAUAAAUAUCUUAAAGGCAA